AGGGGAGACGACAUCUUCAGACGAUGGUGAGAACGUGCCUGCCAGUGAGGAAGGCAAGGAGGAGCCUCCCGGGGACAGAGAAACAAGGCAGAAGAUGGAGCUAUUUGUUAAGGAAAGCUUUGAGGCCAAGGAUGAGCUCUGCCCAGAAAAGCCAAGUGGAGGAGAGGAGCUGCCUGUGGAGGUUAAAGGAGAGGAUGGAGAUCGAGAGCCAGAGGGGACCCUCCCAGCUGAGCCCCCACUACUGGCGCCGCCUGUGGAGGUUAAAGUAGAGGACGGAGAUCAAGAGCCAGAGGGAACCCUCCCAGUUGAGGUCCCACUACUGUUGCCACCUGUGGAGGUUAAAGGAGAGGAUGGAGAUCAAGAGCCAGAGGGAACCCUCCCAGCUGAGCCCCCACUACUGUCGCCGCCUGUGGAGGUUAAAGGAGAGGACCGAGAUCAAGAGCCAGAGGGGACCCUCCCAGCUGAGGCCCCACCACCGCCGCCCCUCGGAGCUGCCGGGGAAGAGCGGACUCCCCAGGCUGUGGCCGCUGAGGGUGGAUUCGUUACAGGACCUGAUGGGACGAGAAUGGAAGAUUUAGAAACCGUUAGACUGGAGACAAAGGAGACAUUCUGCAUCGAUGUACGUGAAGUAUUUAAUCUUGGAGAUAAGUAUCAGUUUUACUGUUACUCUUCCCAUUUUGAUGACAGUCCCAAAUGCUUAGGCCCACAAGAACGACGCUACCUACGCGCUUGGAAGAUGACGAUGAAACAGAACAUGUGCUUUCCGAAGAUUGAGGUCAUCUCGAACUUGAGUGAUGACAGUGACCCUGAACUGGACUACACGUCACUCCCUGUGCUGGAAAACCUGCCCGCAGACACUCUGUCAAAUAUAUUUGCAGUCUCUAAAGACACCUCAAAGGCGGCUCGGGCGCCCUUCACAGGCAUCUUUAUAAAAGAAGCUAAGAGGGACUUGGAAAUCCCAAAACAAGACACCGAGUCCCCACGACCCCUGAUCCAGGAGCUCAGCGAUGAGGACCCCUCUGGCCAGCCACCGAUGUCCCCCACCUGCCAAAGAGACGCUGCACCACUCACUUCCAGUGGAGACGGGGACAGCGACUUCCUUGCAGCCUCUUCUUCAGUGCCGACUGAGAGCGCCACCACACCCUCAGAGACGUGUGUCGGAGUUGCCCAGCCCAGCUCGCCCACGUGGGACCUCACUGCAUUCCCAGCACCGGAAGCAUCAUAGUUCCCCCCAGUUAUAUGUAGCAUAAAUGGUUUAAUUAUAAAUGUCUCCUUUAGGCAUGAUAAACAUUUUAACACGCACGCGAGUCGAUGUAUGAUUGGGCUAUCUCCUAUUUGUGUGAGUCACAUGCAAUUCCUUUCACCAGCCACCCUGAAAAAAGACUUUUCUCUUACUGUGUCAUCAGAAACUAGACAGACCCAGGUCCCUGCAAAAUCUCCCGUGGGCCUUUUCCCCACAGGAAAGCAGAAUCUUCCACUGCAGCUAGAGAAACUCAGAGGGUAAGGGACUUAAUGCUUCAGACAUCAAAAUGAGAAGGGGAGAGAGGAAAGAAAGGGGGGAGUCCGUGAGGCACAACGGAGAAUUCUCCCAAAGUGAUAUGACCAUGACCCUCUCCUCAGAGGGCACUAUCAAGAGCCCACAGGUGCCAGACCCACGUCCCGAGGGAGAAGGAACAUCAGCCAUCAUCUCUGUGCGUGAGCUCAGUGUCAGAUAGUUACUGUGGCGGGAUGCUGUCCAGCCUAAAAACUGUGACCAUUCCAAUUCAUCUUCAGCUGACAAGUUUAUUUAAUCCCUGAACCUGGAUCCAAGGCAUCUCCCUGUACAAAACAUCAGACCGUGGCAGAGAUUGACAAAGCAACCCAAAACAGCAGCUGCCGACGGCCGCCGUGCCCACCUCAGCAGCAGCUCUGUGGGGGCCUCACUCCACCCUCACCAAACACAAGGAAGAGCCAGCACUACUGCCCCAUUUCACCAGACAGGAAGGCACGAGAACUGAGACCUGCCUGAGGCCCCCACAGCUGGGGGGCAGCGGAGCCCUGUCUCCCAGCACAGACUAGAAUCCCAGUAACACAGGCCCGCCAGCACCUCCAACCUGCCUUUUGGGAUGAUCCUCAGGCGAAUAUACAAAAUACAGAAGAAA